AUGUCUACAGAGCCGUUAAUCCCAAAAGGUUCGUUACAAUCUCACCAUGGUUCGCAAUAUGGUCCUGACCCGAUUCGUAUAUUCGAUGAACUCCCAAAGGCUACUAUUCUUUCGGUUUCCCGACCCGAAGUCGGUGAUAUCGGACCUUUGCUUCUUUCUUACACAAUUCAAGUAGAAUAUAAACAGUUCAAGUGGAGCAUAUUAAAGAAGGCAUCACAAGUUAUCUACUUACAUUUUGCAUUGAAGAAGCGGGCAUUGGUGGAGGAAAUUCACGAGAAGCAAGAGCAGGUUAAGGAUUGGCUUCGACACAUAGGAAUGGGAGAUCAUACAACAGUUGUACAUGAUAAUGAUGAACCUGGCGAUGGAGCUAUUCCAGUGCAUAAUGAGGACAGCAUUAGAAAGAGAUCUGUCCCAACCAGGGUCGCUCUGUCUAUUAUAAGACCAUCAAUUGGGAGGUCAACAGUUUCAGAAAAAGCAAAAGUUGCAAUGCAGAAUUAUCUUAACCAUUUUCUUGGCAACAUAGAUAUUGUGAAUUCUCGUGAGGUUUGCCAAUUUCUGGAGGUCUCAAAGUUAUCCUUUUCUUCAGAGUAUGGCCCAAAGUUGAAAGAGGACUAUGUUUUGGUUCAACAUUUAAAUCACAUCCAAAGAGAUGAUGCCGGAGCAGGAUGUUUUAUGUGUUGCUGCAGAAACAAUUGGCAGAAGGUUUGGGCAGUAUUAAAACCUGGAUUUUUGGCAUUACUAGAAGAUCCUUUUGGUACAAAGCUCUUAGAUCUCAUUGUUUUCGAUAUGUUAGCACCUUCCAAUGGAGAUAAAGAGGAUCAAGUACUUUUGGCUAAGGAAGUAAAGGAAAAGAACCCUCUGCGUUAUGCAUUCAAGGUUACGUGCGGAAAUCGAAGUACAAAAGUAAGAACUACAAGCAGUGCAAAAGUUAGAGAUUGGAUAUCUGCUAUCUACAAUGCAAGUCAAAAGCCAGUAGAAGGUUGGUGCAAUUCCCACCGUUUUGGUUCCUUUGCUCCACGAAGAGGUUUGAUUGAUGAUGGUAGUCAAGCUCAAUGGUUCGUAGAUGGACAAGUAGCUUUUGAAGCAAUUGCUUUGUCAAUUGCAAAUGCAAAAUCAGAGAUCUAUAUUACUGGAUGGUGGCUCUGCCCAGAACUAUAUUUAAAACGUCCGUUUCAUGCAAAUGGCGCUACUCGUCUUGACGCGCUGUUUGAAGCUAAAGCCAAGGAAGGUGUGAAGAUAUACAUUCUUAUGUACAAGGAGGUUUCAAUUGCAUUGAAAAUCAAUAGUUUAUACAGCCAGAAAAGGCUUCUUAAAAUUCAUGAGAAUGUGAAAGUGUUACGCUAUCCUGACCACUUUGCAGCCGGCAUCUACUUGUGGUCACACCAUGAGAAAAUUGUGGUUGUUGAUCAUCAAAUAUGCUAUCUUGGAGGACUAGAUCUAUGCUUUGGCCGUUAUGAUACAAUUGAACACAAAGUAGGUGAUGACCCUCCUUUCAUCUGGCCUGGAAAGGACUAUUACAACCCGAGGGAAUCUGAACCAAAUUCUUGGGUAGACACCAUGACAGAUGAAUUAGACCGCAGAAAGUUACCUCGAAUGCCAUGGCAUGAUGUUCACUGUGCUCUUUGGGGACCUCCUUGUCGAGAUGUAGCAAGACACUUUGUCCAACGAUGGAAUCAUGCGAAGAGAAACAAAGCACCCAACGAACAAACAAUACCACUACUAAUGCCACAACAACACAUGGUUCUCCCACAUUACAUGGGAAGAAGCCAAAAUUUAGACAUUGAAAAUAAGCCUACUGAUGAAAACCAGACAGACGUAACACAAAGUUCUUUUUCCUACGAGUCACCAUCACAAGACAUACAAUUUCUUUUGCCUCAAGAAGCUGAGGGUAUAGAUUCCAAAAGCAUCAGUAACACGUUAAAUGGGCCGCACCCCAGAAACCAUCUUAAUCCAUCACAUGAUGAACAUUCAAGCCAAGCUAUGAAACCAACUGACUCUGCAGAUGAUUUUAGUUUAUAUGAUCAACCUGAAACUAGCAGCGGGACAGCUAGUUUUGGAUCAGACUUGUCAGAUGAGGGGUGUGAAAGACACGAAGUUCCUAGUGGUGACAUUUCACAAGUCGGCCCCCGUACAUCAUGCUCUUGUCAGGUUAUCAGAAGUGUCAGCCAUUGGUCUGGUGGAACAAGUCAAACUGAAGACAGUAUUCAUAAGGCUUAUUGUUCUCUUAUUGAAAAUGCAGAAAAGUUUAUUUACAUUGAGAAUCAGUUUUUCAUUUCGGGCCUCUCAGAUGAUGAUGUCAUACAGAAUCGUGUCUUGGAAGCUCUAUACAGACGUAUCAUGCGUGCACAUAAAGAGGAAAAAUGCUUUAGAGUUAUUGUUGUGAUACCACUCUUACCAGGGUUCCAGGGUCGUCUAGAUGACGGUGGGGCUGCAACUGUGAGAGCUAUAAUGCAUUGGCAGUAUCGAACCAUAUCCAGAGGACAAAACUCGAUACUACAUAACCUCAAUGCACUUCUCGGUCCUAAAACAGAUGACUAUAUAUCAUUUUAUGGUCUCAGGACAUAUGGAAAACUUGGUGAUGAUGGUCCCAUUGCUACAAGUCAGGUGUAUGUGCAUAGUAAAGUGCUGAUAGUUGAUGACCGUAUCACGCUAGUUGGAUCAUCCAACAUAAAUGACAGGAGUUUGCUUGGACACAGGGAUUCUGAGAUUGGGGUUCUCAUUGAAGAUAGAGAAUUUAAUGAAUCAAAAAUGAAUGGAGAGCCUUGGAGGGCCGGGAAAUUCACCAACAGUCUUCGGCUUUCUCUAUGGUCUGAACAUCUUGGUCUGCAUGGUGAAGAUAUAAGUCAAAUUGUGGACCCAAUAGCUGAUAAGACAUACAAAGAUUUAUGGUUAGCAACGGCAACGGCAAACUCUCAAAUUUACCAAGAUGUGUUUUCGUGCGUCCCAAAUGAUUCUAUACUCUCGAGAUACGCUUUCAGGCAAAGUAUGAACUAUUGGAAAGAGAAAUAUGGACAUACUACAAUUGAUUUAGGCGUAGCACCAGAGAAAGUUGAAUCAUUGACAGAUGGAGACAUUGCUACAACGGAGAUAUUAAAGCGUGUAAGAGGGUUUCUUGUUUCAUUUCCAUUGCAGUUUAUGUGUCAAGAAGAUUUAAGACCGAUGUUCAGCGAGAGCGAGUUCUAUACAUCUCCUCAGGUCUUUUACUAGGUGUAAGUAGUAACCAUUUUACUAGGAAAAAAUUUACAUAAUGGGUACCAAAUAGUACAUGGGAUAAGGGGUUCUCAUCCAAUUAUCUUUUUUUUUUUUUUUUUUUUUUUGUUUUUGUUUUUGUA